GUUGGUAUGAUGUGAUGUCUUGAUGGAUUGAUGGGAUUGAUGAGUAUCAGAUGUAGACUGGAGUGGAGUGACUGUGCCAGCAAUAUGUCUCUCGCUACUGCGUUCACGUUAAUUGUUGGUAUCUUAAUGUUAAACGCACAUCUCUCGUCUGGGACAACCGCCAAAGUGUUCACCCCUUCUGUUAAAUUAUCUCCAGCGGAUCGGGAUUUUAUUCUUGACUGUUUGAAACAAUGUGCUUCGUCUGAUACUUGUGCGGCCACCAUCAUGUCAGUGGAGAACGGUACUUGUAGCCUCAUAACGAUGUCCGGAUUACAGGACAUGGUCAUCAAAGAUGUCUCCUUCAGAAAGACAUACCCACCUCCACCAUGUGAAAACGGCGGCUACUGGUCCGAUUCAAGAAAGGUUUCUUGUAUUUGUCCCUACAGCUUUGCUGGAAGAUACUGCCAACGGUAUUGGUAUGAUUGUAGCGAGGGGUUCAGGAAUGGAGCAACAGGCACGGGUGUCUUUACCAUCGAACCUAAUACCUCUUCCCCACCAUUCGAAGUCUUCUGCCACAUGACUUUUGGAGGAAGAACCUACUUUCAGAAGCAGCACUAUGGUAUCAACUUCAACAGGAAAUGGCGGGACUAUCGAGAAGGCUUUGGGGAGGUCACACGUGACCACUGGCUUGGCCUUGAAAAAAUAAAAGCAAUCAGUGACAGGGUAAUAUGUCAGUUGAUAGUUCAUCUCACCUAUCCAUGCUGUCCGAAAUGGAGACAAAUCAACUUUAAAAACUUCAAACUAACUGAUGAAACUGAUGGCUAUAGAAUGACAUUUAGCGAGUAUAAUGCAAGCACGACAUCCCCAAAAAACAAGCUGAAUGACACAAUGACAGAACUGAAGGGGGCUAAAUUCAGCACUUAUGACAGAGACAAUGAUGAUAAUCCAACAGGUAGCUGUCCUCAAAUUCACGGCUCUGGAUGGUGGUUCAAGGACUGCACACGUUGCAACCCAAAUGGCCGACUGAAGCCAGUUCCAGUCAAUGUCAGUGGAGACCCCGAAGAGCUGUUCUGGGUGGGAGAUGAACGAGGGGUGACCGGGUCGUCCAUGGCGUUACACUGCAUAUGACACCGGAUAGAAAUAAUCGACGUCACGCAGACUACCUGAUGAAUCCCACAUAUCUGUAAAGACUUUAAUUAUGUUAAUUUUACUGAAUGACAUAUGUGUUACGCAGUCGUAGUGACGUGUCCUUAUGUGUACCAGAACUGUGUUCAGUUAUUGGACAUAAAUCAACUGGGUUUUGCUUUAAAGUAAGAGAUUUCGAAAAUGGAUUUAAUACUUUAAUACUUCAAACACUCAGGAAUAUUCCAGCUAUUUGACUGCGGUCUGUAAAUAAUCGAGCCUGGAUCAGACAAUAC